CGCGCGGGAGUGACCCACGUUGCGGGCGACGGGGAAUGUGGGUCCUCCGGCGAGGUGGUCACCCCCUCCGCAUCCUGCUGCCCCUGCGUGGGGAGUGGAUGGGCCGGAGGGGCCUGCCCCGAAGCUUGGUCCCGGGCCCUCCUCGCAGACGUUACAGGAAGGAGGCUCUCCCGGCCUUGGAAGGACCUGCACUGCCAGUAACUACAACUGAAAUCCGCCAGUAUUUGCGGGCACAUGGAAUCCCCUUCCAGGAUGGCCACAGCUGCCUGCGGGCACCCAGCCCCUUUGUGGGGCCCUCACAGCUCCAGGACCAGACCCGUGCUGCCACUUCCUUCAGCCUUUUCAUUGACAAGACCACAGGCCGCUUUCUCUGCACGACCAGCCUAGCGGAAGGGAACUGGGAAGACUUUCAGGCCAGCGUGGAGGGACGAGGGGAUGGGGCCAGAGAGGGGUUCCUGCUUAGUGAGGGCCCAGAAGCUGAGGACAGUGAGGAGGUUCUGAGGAUCUGGGACCGAGCCAUACCUCUCUGGGAGCUGCCGGAGCCGGAGGAAGCCAGGCUGACUCGGGUGAUGUUUGGCCUUACCAAAGUGACUGACGACACACUCAAGCGUUUCAGUGUGCGUUAUCUGCGGCCCGCUCGCAGCCUUGUUUUCCCUUGGUUCUCCCCCGGUGGUUCAGGAUUGCGAGGUCUGAAGCUGCUGGGGGCUGAAAGCCAGGGGGAUGGAGUGCGCUAUGUGGAGACCACCAUCCCCCGGCCUAGUGCCUACCGUAAUCUGUUUGGAUUACCACUGAUCGGUCGUCGGGAUGUGGAGGUGGUGCUGACAAGUCGUGAGCUGGACAGCCUGGCCUUGAACCAAUCCACAGGGCUGCCCACCGUUGCCCUACCCCGAGGAACGACCUGCUUACCCCCUGCCUUGCUACCUUACCUUGAACAGUUCCGAAGGAUUGUGCUUUGGCUGGGGGACGACCUUCGGUCCUGGGAAGCUGCCAAGUUAUUUGCCCGAAAACUAAACCCCAAGCGAUGCUCCUUAGUUCGGCCUGGGGACCAGCGGCCCCGUCCCCUGGAAGCCCUGAACCAAGGCCUAAACCUGUCCCGUAUCCUGCGCACUGCACUGCCCGCCUGGCACAAGUCUAUCGUGUCUUUCCGCCAGCUUCGGGAGGAGGUGCUUGGAGAACUGUCAAACGUGGAGCAGGCGGCUGGUGUCCGCUGGAGCCGCUUCCCAGACCUCAAUAGACUUUUGAAGGGACAUCGGAAGGGCGAGCUGACCGUCUUUACAGGGCCGACAGGCAGUGGAAAGACAACAUUCAUCAGUGAGUAUGCCCUGGAUUUGUGUACCCAGGGGGUGAACACGCUGUGGGGUAGCUUUGAGAUCAGCAACGUGAGACUGGCCCGGGUCAUGCUGACACAGUUUGCUGUGGGGCGACUAGAAGAGCAGCUGGACAGAUACGAUGAGUGGGCAGACCGCUUCGAGGACCUGCCUCUCUAUUUCAUGACUUUCCAUGGGCAGCAGAGUAUCAGGACUGUAAUAGACACCAUGUACCAUGCAGUCUACGUCUAUGACAUUUGUCACGUGGUCAUCGACAACCUGCAGUUCAUGAUGGGUCAUGAGCAGCUGUCCUCAGACAGGAUUGCUGCUCAAGACUACAUUGUUGGGGCCUUCCGGAAGUUUGCCACAGACAAUAACUGCCACGUGACACUGGUCAUUCAUCCCCGGAAGGAGGAUGAUGAUAAGGAACUGCAGACAGCAUCCAUAUUUGGUUCAGCCAAAGCAAGCCAGGAGGCCGACAAUGUUCUGAUCCUCCAGGACAGGAAGCUGGUGACUGGACCAGGGAAACGGUAUCUGCAGGUGUCCAAGAACCGCUUUGAUGGAGACGUAGGUGUCUUCCCACUUGAGUUCAACAAGAGCUCUCUCACCUUCUCCAUACCCCCAAAGAGUAAGGCCCGGCUCAAGAAGAUCAAGGAUGAUAAUGGGCUGGUGGCCAAAAAGUCUUCUUCUGGCAAAAAGGGUGUUGUGCCCCAGGACUCUGAGACUGGCUUAGACCAGGCCCUCAAACCCUACUUGCCAGACCCCUCCAGGCCUUCACAGUGAGGGCAGUGCGGAACUGGAUGCUGAAAUGAGCCUGACAGGCCAGGCUGAGAGAUCUACUCUUUCUUGGCCCUCUCCUAGGGCUGCCUCUGUGUGUGGCUCUGAACUUAAUGACCUUUCAUUCUGAGGGGCCCAGCCUAGGGCAGGGGUCCACAGUGAGACAAUUCAAUGUAGCAGAUAGUUGGGAACCUACUGUAUGCCAGGCUUUGUUCUGGGAAUAUAGUACUGACAAGGCAGAUGAGGUUCCUGCUCUCAGGGAACCUGCAGUCCGAGGGAGACCGAGAAGCAGCUAUCUAAUUUUAGUUAGUGGAAAAUGCUGUAGCGAAAAUAGAACAGUAAUGCAGAAGUGCCUAUGAGCUAGUUUAGACUAAGGUCUGAAAAGGUGUAUCUGGGCAGAGGACAGCUUCGCAGGGCUGAGUGAACUAGAAUUGAGCCAUGUGGACAUCUGGAGAAAGGGGUCUGGCGGAGAGAAAAGUAAGUGCAGCAGCGCUAAGGUGGAAGUGAACAAGGCAAGCUCCCAGCAGUGUGCUUAGGCCUCUGAGCCUGGAGGAGAAUAGGGGAUGGGACAUCUUGCCAAACUCCAGCCUAGGCUUUCAGACCCAAAGGGUGAUAGGGUUGGUGCCAGACUCCUCUGCUCCCCACACGAGCCUGUCGUGGGGUAGCACUCACUAGCGUGAGAUCUUAGGUGCUUGACCCUGUAAAAGCAGGGCCCCAAACAUGGGAGCCUGGCCAGAGAGCCAUGGAAGGAAGCUGUGAACCUGAGUGCCUGCCACCUGGACACCAGUUGCAUGGUGUGCCCCAGCUGCCCGGCUGGGCACAGUCAUGCCUUUUUUAGAGCCUUUUCCAGUUUUACUGAGAAGAAAAAAAAAAGUUUUUUUUCCCAUAGCCUUUGUUUCUGUGCUUUUUCUUCCUUGUCCACCAGGUGUCUCCCCAGGAUAUAACUGGAUUUUGCUCUCAAUUUGAAUUGGGAAUAGAUGAGCGCCCUCCCCCACCUCAGGUCUUUGAGUUUGUACACCCAGUGAAGUAGGGGCAUAAAAGUGGAUACACACACACACCCUUACACCUUUUCUUGGCCUAGUGAAGACCCUCUCUGCCCUGAGGCUGUCCACGUGAAGCCUGCAGAAGCGGGGGUCACUGGGCCUCAACCUAGGCCCUGCCUGACCAGCUGUCCUUCUGACGUGUGCCACUCCCUGGACUCUCAGCGUAUGCUGAGGUUCGACUCAUUCGUAUCCGGCCCCCAUCCAUCUCCUUCCUCGUUGCACCCUCGCAGUGUUGCUUAUGCUUGUGUGUCAGAACUCCUGGGAUGCUUGUUAAAAAUGAGAACUUAGACCCUCCUCUCCCCAUUCCUGAUACACACAAUGUGCACACACACACACACAGACGUUUCUAAUUCUGGAGGCUUGGAUUCCCCCAUUUUUAACGAGCUCUGAAGAAGAUUGUAAAAUAUAAAUUAUCUGUAGACCCUGUCAGAAAUGUCCCGAAGUGAUGACACCAGUCUCACUUCCUCUGGUAUCCUCAAGUCCCAGUUUCCUUUUAGCUUUGCCUCUAAAAUGUUCUGAGGCGCUGGGGAGAAGUCUUUUGUGGAUGGUUAGGGGGGGUCCCUGUUCCCUGGAAGCAGAGCUGUUUCUUCAAGUUCUCCCUGCCAAGAGGGGGCUCCUGGGGCUUUGUGACAGGAUCUGGGAUCCCUGGUCUGUAGUGUGAGAACUGUGGCUACAGUUGUCUCCUGGAGCAGAAGAAAGCUGUUCUCCAGGGACAAGAACCUGGGGGGAGGGAGAGGGUAGCUCCUCCAGGGCCUCCCUUCUUGGGGGUCUCUCCCAGACUGGCUGGAGCCAGGCCUCCUAAUCCUGCAGUAAUCAUUGCCAGCCGCUGACUGGUCUAGGCCUCAUCCGGAGUCUAACGCUAUAAAGCAGCUACGCCUUCCAGAUGCACACCACCAGGUCAGAUCCACCGCAGGGACCUGGGCUCGGCAUUCUGGUCUCCCUAGGAGAGCCCCAGUGUGUCCUCAAGGAAACCUUUAGGCAGCGUCCAUCAGGUGACCUUUCUAAAAUACCUGAAAUGGGGACAGUGGGAUAGAUGCACGCUUAGCUGUUUAUCUUGCUCCAAUCUGCACCCCCACACAGCAAAAGCAAGAAUGAUGGGGGCAAGGGGAAGCUAAUGCUUCCCCUGCCCCACCCCCUACACAAACGCAUUCCAUUCCACACCCGUCUUAAUGCCUUACCUCAAGAUUAGCCCAAAGUGUGUUCAAGAGUCCCUGGAGUCUAGAAGUAGUGGGGGAUCCCGGAGUCCUGUGUACAGGCCCUGGGGGCCACUCCCUGUGUGGAGCAAAAAUGAAUUGAGGCAAAUUACCUGGGACCAGUACUCUGCCUAUGUCCACCUGGAGGUUAAGAGCUCAGAAAGGGCCUGGCCAAGCCUCGUCCAGCUGGGUCUGCAGCCCUGUUGUCAGAUUCACUUGGCCCACUU